AUGCUAGGCCCGUAUCUGGCAGCUGGCCUUUAUCUAUGCACAGUGUUGUGUGGAAUUCUUGGAAAUGUUUGGGUAGUUUGUUCAGUGGCUAGAAGUCGCAAGCCAAGAAGUUCGAUGGGUAAUAGUUCACCAUCAGAUCGUCUACGAGCUUACAUAUCAGUUCUUGCAAUUGUGGAUCUAACAGUAUUGAUGGCAUUGUUGGUUCGGUCACUCUAUCUCAUUCUUCCCCAUUUCAUGUUGGAUGCUAACAGUUGUCGUGUGAUGUUCAUCCUUGAGAAUGCUCUGAAAAUGUCAUCACUUUGUGUUCUUUCGUGCAUAAGUAUUGAAAGAUACAUUACCAUAAGAAAACCUUUCUGUAGCCAGAUCCGGAAACGCGUUGUAAGAUUGACACCAAUAGCUGCUCUGACUCUAUUUACUGUCAUUCUGUCAGCCGUCCUUCUGCAGGUCAGCUCUGUUUCUGUUUCGUCCGAUGGACUUAACUGCGUCCGUUCAUACCGGGGACGUUGGGUACCUAGAUUAGGAGCAUACUUAACUGCGCUGGCGUUUGCUGCUAACUUAACAACGAUUUGUGUCAAUUACGGUCAAAUUGUUCGACAUGUACGGAGAAAAUUCAUAAAGAGAAGAGCUAGAGUUGUUGCUCACACUCGCCAAAGAGAAGCAUUGGUUACAGAGCCACGGUACAUGAGGCAAAUGACUUCGGCUAUCGUUCGAGUAGCCUGCUUUCACGCUUUGUGUUGGCUUCCUUUCUGUGUAGUUCAGUUCAUCCCCGACUCCAGUAUGGUCUCUGACUUGACAGCUUCAAUUCGAAUGUUUGAUAACUUCAAUGAUUUCUCCUCCAUCCGAUGGCUGAUUUUUUUCUCCAAUUGGGUGACAUACGUGAGUGCAGCUGGUGAUUGGAUAUUUUAUGCUGCAAUGAAUAGAGAUUUAAGAAACCUCAUUAGAUUUGCUACGGAACGAAGGAAACGAUCUACCAUGUCUCAUGCUACAUCACCUUCCCAUAGAAGUUUGAGAAAACAGAUGACAUCAUCUAUGCGGGUUCUCCAAUCCAUUUCGUAUAGAAGUAGCUUAGCUGGGUCUCUCGAUGAUCCACAACCACAGUCUCUAACUCAGGCUUCUCCAAAGUCCAGUACUAUAAGCCAAGAUACGCCGAACAGUCCUCAUAUUGGGAAACAGAAAUUAAUGCUUAUGAACAGUCAAUUAACCGUUGACAUGGUUUAG